AUCCCCGCAGCCAGCAUGUUCUCCAGGAAGGGCCACGCCGACGUCAGGAAAUCCACGCAGAAGGCGCUGGACCCCAAGCGGGACGUGCUGACCCGCCUGAAGCACCUCCGUGCGCUGCUGGAUAUUGUGGAUGGAAGCGACCUGAAGCAGUUUUUUGAAAGCAAUUACUCUCAAAUUUAUUUCAUAUUCUACGAAAACUUCAUAACGCUGGAAAGCAGCCUGAAACAAAAAGGGAAUAAAUCCCAAAGGGAGGAGCUGGACUCUAUCCUCUUCCUUUUUGAAAAAAUAUUGCAGCUGCUGCCCGAGAGGAUUUUUUAUCGAUGGCAUUUUCGCAGUAUAGGGUCGAUUCUGAAGAAGCUUUUGCACACUGGAAAUUCUCUCAAGCUCAGGUGCGAGGGCAUCCGCCUGUUCCUGCUGUGGCUGCAGGCCCUGCAGACCAACUGUGGGGAGGAGCAGGUGCUGCUCUUCGCCUGCCUGGUGCCCGGCUUCCCUCCCCUGCCUUCCUCCCGAGGGCCCUGCACGCUGGAGAGCCUGCUCAGCCCACCGGCCACGCCUGACGCCAAGAUUUUCCCGGAGGAAAUAACGCCGCUCGUGCCAGCCGUGUCGGGAGAGAAGAUUGCCGAGGACCAGACCUGCUACUUCCUGCAGCUGCUGCUGAAAUACAUGGUGAUCCAGGCCGCCAGUCUGCAAUGGCGUCACCGGGAGCACCAGGACAGCGGCUUCCGGUUCCUGUUCUCGCUCUUCCGGCGUUUUUACCUCCCCCACCUUUUCCCGGCCUUCACGCGCCUCACCAACCUCUACCAGCCCGUGCUGGACAUCCCCGACGUGAGGCCCCGGCCCGCGUUUGUCACCUCCAGCCGCAACAACGAGAGCGUGUGCUGCUCCAAGGUGCCCUUCAUGGCCGCCCGCGUGGCCUUCAUCAAGUGGCUCGUCACCUUCUUCCUGGAGCAGGAGUGUGUGACUGCGCUCCAGAGUAGCGGAGAAGCGGGAGAGGCGCUCCCAAAAAUUGUCCAGGAGGGCGGCGCGGGGGUGGCAGGGGAGCAGGAGCGUGUCCCCAGCGGUGGCAGCAGCGGCGUGUGGGACCGGAGGCUGAGCAGCUGCAGCCUGUGCAGCGUGGAGGAGCAGCACCGCGGCCUCUAUGCCAUGGUGCAGCGCAUCCUGCUCUCCACGCGGGGAUACGUCAACUUCGUCAACGAGGUCUUCCGCCAGGCUUUCCUCCUGCCCCCUUCUGACAUCUCUGCCACCCGCAAGGUGGUGAAGGUGUACCAGAAGUGGAUCCUGCAGGAGAAGCCCGUGUUCAUGGAGGAGCCCGACAAGAAGGAGGACAGCCAGGAUGCUGCCGAUGCCCUGGAGGAGUCGCCAGUGCAAACAGACGGUAAACAUCUCUCCUCGGAGCCCUCUGGCCACAAGCGCUCCUCCAGCUGGGGCAGGAGUUAUUCCUUCAGCAGUGCUGUCAGCAGGGGCUGUGUGCUGGAGGACGACGACAGGGACGUCAAGGCUGGCGCCCAGGCGGCCCUGCAGGUGUUCCUGACCAACUCUGCCAACGUGUUCCUGCUGGAGCCGUGCUCCGAGGUGCCCGUGCUGCUCAAGGAGCAGGUGGAUGCCUGCAAGGCCGUGCUCGCCAUCUUCAGGCGCAUGAUCAUGGAGCUGCCCAUGACCAGGAAAACCUGGGAGCAGAUGCUGCAGAUCCUGCUCAGAAUCACCGAGGCCGUGAUGCAGAAGCCCCAGGAGGGGCAGGCCAAGGACUCGUUCGCUCAGAGCUUGGCGGGGCUGCUGUUCAGGACGCUGCUGGUGGCUUGGAUCAGGGCCAGCCUGAGCGUGUACAUCUCCCGGGAGCUGUGGGACGAGCUGCUGCGGGUGCUCUCCUCCCUCACUCACUGGGAGGAGCUCAUCACCGAAUGGGCCAGCAUCAUGGACUCGCUGACUGCCGUGCUGGCCAGGACCGUGUACGGCGUGGAGAUGACCAACCUGCCCCUGGAGAAGCUCAGCGAGCAGAAGGAGAAGAAGCAGAGAGGCCAAGGUGGCGUUUCAGAGCCUCAGAAGACAGCUGUGGUGGGAAGAUCUUUCUCCUUGAGCUGGAAAAGCCACCCCGAGGUCGUGGAGCCCAUGAGGUUCCGAAGUGCCACCACCUCUGGGGCUCCAGGAGUGGAGAAGGCCAGGAGCAUUGUCCGCCAGAGAGCCACAGCUAAGCGAAGCCAGUCUAUCAGCAACUGUGCCCACCUUUCUGAGGCUUUGCCAGCCACUAAAAGUGUGCCUGUUCUGCUUCACACUGUGAGCUCUCUCUUCCCUGGUAUCUCUUACACUUCUUGCUCUCCCAGGCUGUCAGAGGUUGAAGAAUCCCAGCAGCUGGAAAAUGCAGAAGGAGCAGAAGCUGCAGAGCAACAGCAGCAGCUACCUCGGAGCAGCAGCACUUCAGAUAUUGCAGAUCGCAUUCCCUCGGAUUUUUUUCGAGGUAAAAAGGCUGGAAAUUCCACCUCGGACUCCAAGUCAGCUCAGGAAAAUAAGGGAUAUUCCAAGGAGCCCGAAGCUGAGCACGUGCUGAUGAGGAGGAGCAGCAGCACGGCCGAGCUGGAGCUGAGAGCAGACGAGCAGGUGGCCCCCGGGGGCUCCAGGGACAGAGAGAAAAGUGCGAGCCUGAGCAGUGAGGCGUCGCUGGGCUGUGCAGGUGACAUGGACAUCGCCCUGGUGGCCUGGCAGGGGCCAGAGGAUGACGCCGAGGCCGGGCUGGCCUCAGGGCCGGGCGGGGACCCCGCAGCACCGCGCUGGCUCCAGCUCAGCCCCUCCCAGGAGCCUGCCAACCUCACAGACAGCAGCGAGUUCUUGGCCGAUGACUGCAGCAUCAUUGCUGGUGGAAGCCUCAGCGGCUGGCAUCCCGAUUCUGCCUCUGUGCUCUGGAGGAGGAUCCUGGGAAUUCUCGGGGAUGUGAACAACAUCCAGUCGCCCAAGAUCCACGGCAAAGUUUUUGCCUACCUUUACGAGCUGUGGUAUAAACUUGCAAAGAUCCGGGACAACCUCGCCAUCAGCGUGGACAAUCAGUCAACUCCUUCUCCUCCCGUGCUCAUCCCUCCUCUCAGGAUAUUUGCAUCGUGGCUCUUCAAGGCGGCCACGCUGCCCGGCGAGUACAAGCCGGGCAAGCUGCAGGCGCUGCGGCUGCUCUGCGCCAUGAUGAGCCGGCGCCAGGACCUGCAGCCCAACUGCGAUUUUCUGCUGCACCUGUACUCCGUGCUGCGCCUGGGGCUCACCAGCGACGACCAGGACAUCCUGAACACGGUGGUAAGGCACUGCCCGCCGUGGUUCUUCUUCCUGGGGCUGCCUGGUUUCACCAUGCUCAUCGGGGACUUCCUGGGGGCGGCGGCGCGGGUGCUGAGCACGGACUCGCUGGAGGCUCCCCGCUCCGAAGCUCACACCAUCCUUGGUGCCCUCGUGUGCUUCCCAAACACCUACCCGGGGAUGCCAGGGCUGGGAGCCGCCCCCGAGGCUGGUGGGGAGAGCGUCGCAGGAGCUGCAGAUGUGAAGUAUUGCCUCAUAAAUAUUUUAUUGAAGAAUGCUACAGAGGAGCCAAGUGAAGCUGCAAGGUGCAUCGCCAUCUGCGGGCUGGGCGUGUGGGUGUGCGAGGAGCUCACGCAGCGCACGGGCCACCCCCACGUCAGGAAAGCCAUCAAUGUCAUCGGGGUGACACUGAAGUUUUCCAGCAAGGUGGUAGCUCAGGUAGCCUGUGAUGUCCUUCAGCUGCUGGUGUCUUACUGGCAGAAGCUUCAGGAGUACGAAUCCUCCCUGUGCCGGAAAAUCACCGAGAUCCUGGUGGCCACCAUCGCCUUUCUCCUGCCCGGUGCUGAACACUCGUCCCUGGAGGCAGACAAGAAGUUCGUAGUUUCGCUGCUGCUUUGCCUGCUGGACUGGUGCAUGGCCCUGCCCAUGAAGAUGCUGCUGGAGCCCGUGUCUGCUGGGGCUGUGGAGGAGCAACAGGCAUCCAGAGCUCCUCUGCUGGAUUAUAUUUACAGGGUGCUGCACUGCUGUGUCAAUGGCUCCGGCACCUACACGCAGCAGAGCCGCUCCGUGCUGGGCCUGGCCGACCUCUCCUCUGCUGACUACGACCCCUUCCUGCCCCUGGGGAGCGUCAGGAGCUGCUCCGAGCCCGCCCAGGGACCCUCCUCCACCGACUUGGGCAACCUGCUCACCGUGGCUGAAGAGAAGAGGAGGAGGAAUUUGGAGCUGAUCCCCCUGACGGCACGGAUGGUCAUGACUCACCUGGUGAACCACCUGAGCCACUACCCUCUGAGCGGGGGCCCGGCCGUGCUGCACAGCCUGCUGAGCGAGCACCACGACAAUUCCCACGUGGAGUGCUCGGAGCUGUGCCCGGAGGUGUUCCGCAGCCCCAGCCUGCAGCUCUUCGUGUUCAACGACAGCACGCUCAUCUCGUGCCUGCAGGUCCCCGCCGAGGCCACCCGCGAGGGCGCCCCGCCCUCGGCCGUGCGCCUCAUCCUCAGGGACAUCUCGGGCAAGUACUCCUGGGACGGCCACAUGCUCUACGGGCCCCUGGAGGGCUGCCUGCCCCAGCACGGCACCUUCACCUUCAGCAUCCCCAGCCAGGAUGAGGCCUCGCAGGAGCAGGAUUCCCAGGAGGAGCAGGAGCAGGAGGAGGAGGCAGAGGACGCCCUGGAGCGGCUGCUGGAGCGGCUGGGCAGCAGCAGCCCGGAGUGCCUGGCUCCUCCUCAGCGCAGGCUGAACGAGCCGGCGGCGCGGCCCCGCGCCCUGAGCGCCGAGCAGGAGCGCGGCGUGGCCGAGGCGCUGCUGCGGCAGAGCGCCCGCGAGGAGCGGCUGCUCCGCGGCCACGGCCACCGGCUGCCACCGCUGCGGCCACCGCCGCCGGCACGGCCACGCGGCUCCUUCCACUGCUGCCGGCUGCUGCUCGACCAGCUGGGAAUGAACGCCUGGGACAGAAG